AUUAUCGAUAAUCAAUCGUAUUCUAUUUACGUAAUCGUAAUUAAAUGUCUUGUACGAAAUUUUCGAUUCUAUUACGUUUUGUGGCGCCAUCUAAUACGGCGAAGAAUUUUAGUCUGGCAACACUGCAGUCCCAGUAUGUAAUGAGCACAGAGUAUACAUAACCACAUAACACUCCAUAUUUCCACGUAGAAAAGCAAGAAUCACAUCUGCACGUGGAAACUAAGUGGAUGAUAAAAUGAGUGACGAAGGAUUUGACAUGUGCGAGUACAUGUGGGACCCUGAUGUUGUCAUGCGCCGUCUUCUUUCAAUUCUACGACAAAGGCAGGCGUACUGCACUGACAACGAGUGUCUUAAUGACGGUGCACUUCCCGGACCAGGUACCCCUCCGGCUUAUUCGGACUUUUUUUUAUUGUUCAUAGCCUUUGCCUUCAUGGCACUUAUGCUCGCAUUUAGGCCAAGGUCACUUCGGGGAGGACACGGAAGUAAUGACACGAAGAGGCGUGAUCACGAUGCUAAAUGGGUCCUCGUGGAAAUCCGCCAAUGCCGCCACCAACAGCUGAUUGAAAGUAAACAGAUAAAAUCAAAUACUAUUGAAGACAUCUUUAUAUACCUAAAUCCUGCUGCGGUUGAGAAUUUUAAAUAAAAUAAACCAAUAGAACGAUAACUCGUCUGUUUAACAUUAUAUUGAUAUAUUGAUAGAUACAAUUUUAUGAU